UUAACAAAAACAUGAUUAGAAUAAUAAAGCAAUUUUCUAAGAACAUUUAUUUUUACCAGUUCAAAGAUGUUGAUGUAAUAAUAAAAUUAUAAAGCUGUAAUAUAGUAAAAUGGGGAUUUUGAGAGACAGUAAUCGCUCUUCUUCUUCAGCAACUACACCCUGUGCCCAUCUCAGAACUGCGUAUCACAACUGCUUCAACCGAUGGUAUUCGGAGAAAUUCCUGAAAGGGCAGUGGGAGAAAGAAGGGUGCAUUUCUGAGUGGGAGAAAUACAGGCAGUGUUUAUCUCAACAUUUGGAUAAUAAGCAUCUAAGUAGGUUCUUGGAAGCUGAUGUGGUGUUGGAUUUGACUGAUCAGGCUGAAUUCAAGAGCAAAACUGGUGUUUCUUAGUGAUUUUAUUUCCUACUGAGCUGAAGAUCCCGGCCAGGAAGAACAAUUGCAGUUAGAUCGAGCUCGGACAAAAUUAACUGGCUCUGACUUAAAACUGAUGUAUGCAUUGUGACAUCUCAUUACCGCCCAAGAACUGUUUCUGGUGACACAAGAUUUCUGAUGUUACAUUUGACUUGAGCUUAUAGCAUUAGCAGCAUUCUUGAUUCUUAAUAUCAAAUGUUUUAAGCAAGGGAAAAAAGAGUAGUUUCCAUUCAUGAGCAUCGUUGUAGUUUAGUCCACGUUACUUUUGUGUUGUUGAUUUGCGAAUUCGAGUAAUCUGGGAGCUACGAUACUUUUGUGCUAUA